AUGGAGGUGGAGGAACCACGGCAGCCGGCGACCCUUCCUGUGGAUCUCCUGCUCGAGAUCAUCGCGCGCUCCGACGACGCCGCUACCGUCGUCCGCUGCGCGGCGCAGGGGCUUCCUCGACCAGGGCCUUCGAGAUCAUCUACUGAUCUGGAAACCGCAAGUCUCACCCUCUGCGCCAUGCUCGAUCCAGGCUUCCUCGACCGCCUCAGACGCCGCGCGGAGGCCAACGGCGGAUUCAACCCGGCCCUCCUUAUGGUGGUGUCCUACCGGCUGACUGCCUGCCGCAGCGACAAAGGAACGGCCACAGGCACCGGCACCGACUCCAUCGUCGUCCAGCCACCCGGGCGCGCCUCCGUUUUGACACCGAUAUGCUUCGGGUUUGAUCCCAGUUUUCAGGCAUCAGGGAGGCUGCCUGAAUCCAGUUCCCAACCUGCUUCCAUACCUCUCAUGCCAUCGGGCACUCGCAGAACAGAUGGUGGGUCGUCUCCAGACUCCUCAGGCAGCUGUAGGUCCACAUCCACAACCUGCCUCCAGGCAUCGUCUGCUGCCCCGGCUGUCGUGGGCCACAGCGUUCACUGGCUCUGCUACGCCCGACCCUUCAAUUUGAUCAUCCUUGCCCACUGCACCGAAUCAGCACACGCCUCUGCGAUCAAGCUGCCGCAAGAGCUUCAAGAGCUGCUUACAGGAAUGGUGUCGUCAGUCAUCCUGGCUACCACUGCCACAGCGAAAGGGGAAAAGCAGCUAACCUUAGUUGUUGCGGUGGCAUUUGUGAUAUCAACGUGGACAGUUGUGCCGGAGGCGGAGGAGGGCCCAAGCAUCAGUUGGACUCGGCAGGAGGUGAUCCGGAGACUGGAGAUCGUCAGGCCGCUAGCCAGUGUUCUUGACGCACACCAGACAAUCUGGUUCAGUAUGUUUGGGGAGAGGAGUGGCACCGUGCUCUUCUGGUUGCGGAGUGUUGGGCUCGUUCAGCUCAACCUUGGAACUAAGAAGGCCCUGGCUACUCCCCUGAUUGCUGGUUUGUCAGUGGCUGCUGCUGCAUUGGGUGGAAGAGGCAUGAUUAGAGCAUGGCAAGCCUUCCGGACCCGGGCAGCAAUGCCACGAGUGCGCCGGUUCUACCCUGGUGGAUUUCAGGGGGAGAUGAAUCUAAGGGAGGCUGCAUUAAUCCUUGGCGUAAGAGAACGUGCCACAAUGGAUAAGAUCAAGGAGGCUCACAAGAGGGUCAUGGUAGCUAACCACCCUGAUGCUGGUGGCAGCCAUUACGUUGCAUCAAAGAUCAACGAGGCAAAGGACAUUCUAAUGGGAAAAGGGAAGUCUGGGUCUUCGAUCUUUUAA